AUGGGUACUUGUUGUUGCGGGACUACGCCUCAUGAAGGAUUUGUUGGACAAUGGACGGAUGAGAAAAACGUUCAAUUGAUAAUUAAUGAAGCUGGAAAUAUUCAAUAUAAUAAAAUGACUGAACAUUCCAGAGUGAACUUUGCAGGUGCUACGCGCUUUUCUGCGAAUGAAUUCUUUUUCUGUUGUUGCUGUUGUUGUCUCCAAGGAACAUAUGAUAAUGAUGACGACGGUGAACCAAUAUUGGUCGUAAAUAAAACGGUACUGAGAAGAAAAACGACAAAUAAUAAACAGAUAACUGUUUUGCUGGAAGACGUUAAAUAA